CAAUGGGACGUCCCCUUUUCGUACAGUCGGCCAAUCCCGAUCAAGAAUAGCCAGGUUGGAGAGACGUCAUUGGAGAGUAUCGAGAAAGAAGCCUGUGGUUCUCAAACCGGGUGGCAGAGUCUACCCGGAGGAAGGGACAACGAAGGUAACAAAAAAAUGGCGACAUAUGUGGACCCGGACCAGACCCCAGAUGCCACUGCAGAGAAAUGCAGCCGUUUUGAGGUGUUGGACUGGCUCAAUAAGAUCCUGGACAUCAAAUUCACCAGGGUAGAGCAGAUAUGUUCAGGUUCCUGCUACUGCCAGCUGAUGGACUGGCUCUUCCCUGGGUGCAUUGACAUGAGCACAGUGAAGUUCCAGGCCCAGGACACACCCGACUUCAUCCACAACUACAAUCUGCUUCAAGCUGGCUUCCGAAAGACUGGUGUCACCAAGUUUGUUCCAGUGGAGGAGCUGAUGAACGGAAGGUUCCAGCCCAACUUCGUAUUCCUGAAGUGGUUCAAGAGGUUUUUCAAGGCUAACCUGGUGGGGCAGGUGUAUAACCCUGUGGAAGCUCGCCAGGGCCAGGAGAUCCAGCCUGCCAGACCCCCCCUCCGCUCCCCCCAGGGACUUGGCCGCAAGUCUGCCAGCCGCAACCCCAGUCAAUCAGGGGGGUUGGAAACCGACACAGAUGAAGAAUCUUUAGGGAAGUAUCAAAGGAAACGUAUAGUUUAUGAAGAUAUAUGGAGAGAGACGCACUCCUGGGUAGGGCCCAGCACUCUGGGAGAGUUCCAUGCCUACUGCAGUCUGUGUGACAUGAAUUUCAACAUCUAUCACUCGGGCCUUCUUGACCUCAAGCGUCACUCGCAGUGCAAGAGGCACCACAAGCUUACCCUGGCUGCCAAUGGAUGCAACGUAAGAACAGAGGCGAGAAAGAGCAGGCAGGGCAGCAUUAGCAGCUGUCCACCCUGUAGUGAGUUGGUCCUGUGCUUCAUUCAGGUUAACUGCGUCUCUGGUCCGUCCGCGGCUGGGGACCAGGUGUCUAACAGAUACGGUCAGUAUGUCCUGGGACUACAGUACCCAGAAGACAUAGUGUCCGCUUGCCAAAAGACUCCUUACUGCAUAUACAUGUACGGAGGAGUGGUGCUAGGGGAGGCUAGCAUAGCUUCUGUAGUUCUAGUAGGCUAUUUUGAUGUGAAGGCAGCCAAACACUGCAUCAGGCUGUUGGAUGUCCUGCAGUCUCCAGCCGAAGACAAUACUGGAGAGGAAACUGCUGCGGCUUUGGUGGAGACCUUGAAGAGGUUUGGGCUUCCUGCAGUUAACCUCGCUGCUCUCUACACAGAUGGUAACGGUGCUGCCUCUGAGCAGAUUUGCUCACAGCUUAGGGAGCUCAACCCCAACGUGGUGGUGCUAGGUAGGCUGUAUGGAGUGGCUGAUGCAUCCUGCCAUGCUGGGAUGGUAGAGCUCUCCACUCAGGCCCAGGAGCUAAUUGUAGAUAUCUACUCCCACUACUCCUUCUGCUCCACCAAGAAUGACAACCUGAAGGAACUGUUUUCUAGCAUAACCAGUAUCAAUGGCCUUACCCUUCCUCUCACCACCUGCUGCCUUAACUUCUGCAUGUUAGCCAGGAAAGUGUUGGAAAUGUGGACAGAUCUAAUCUCCCACUUCAGCUCCUGUAACAAAGAGGAUGACGUAGAUGAGAAGGCCAAACUGAUCUGCACACAACUGCAGGAUCCCCAAAUCAGGGCUACCUUUAUGUUCCUAAACCAGGCCCUGGAGCCCCUCUGUGCCUUCCAGGAGCGACUGCACCACCAUGAGGGCUCGGCCCGGGCCGACCUGGUGCAGAUCCUACAGGAAGCCAGCAACCUCCUGCGCUCCUAUGCCUCCAGUUUCCUCCGUCCUCAAGCUGUCGUGCGUUUCCUCAAGGAACGUGAUGUCUCUCUCCUCAAGACCACAAAGUUCCACCUGCCAGGGCCAGAGCUGAACAUAGGUGGGGCUGCAGUGGAGGACUUCCUGUGUGAGUCAUCAGAGUCAGGAAGUGAAGCACUGCAGUUUUUACAGGAACAGGCUCUGUCUUUCUACACAGCACUUACAGCCAGCGUGGCGGAGGGGCUGCCUCUGAGUGACGGCGUGUUGAGGAGCAUGGCCCAGUUACUGAGCCCCCAGGGUAGGUUGAAGGUCACAGGGAAGGUGGUGGGAGAGCUGGGGGCUAAACUUGGGCUCUGCAGCUCACCUGAGGAGAUCAGCCAGCUGAACAAGGAGUUCCUGGAGUACCAGCUGGCAGAGGAGGGAGAGUGGGAAGAGGGAGAAAAUGGAUCUGAUGGGGGCAUCCAAAAUGGCUCUGCAGCCACCUCGCUGGAGCAACAUUGGUGCACUGUGUUGAAGGCUUCUGGAUCGACCAGCAUCUUCAGGAAACUUGUUUUGACCCUCUUAGCCAUGCCUUGCCCCCCACUUGAAGCUCAGAAGGUCUUCACACAGGCUGUGGAGAAUGGGGACGUUGCCCAGUUCACUGACAGUGUGACAGAAAGUGAGCUGGACUCCGUUCGGGAAGUAGACCUGACCAAUGACAGCGCUCUAUCAGACAACAACAGUAUCUACGAGCCUGGCAUGAAGAAGAGAGGUCGUCCCAGAAAGAUUCCAUCAGAGGUGAAUUACCUUAAUGGGACAGUGAAGCCAUGCACAGUGCGGCUGCAGAAGAUAAUCAAUGGGCCAAAGAAUGAGGACGAUACUGUGUUCGUUGAGGACAACGUCAUUUGGACAAAUACUAUGGAGGGCACCAUUAGGGGCAUUUAUGGUUGGGAGAGCAGCUUACGCCAGAAGCCACAGGCGCGCACUGUGUUUCAGGCUGGUGCCGGCACCUGGGUCAAGCCACAGGCGCUUGACAACGACAGCAAAAAGGACCAGGAGUCCGAGGCUGCAUCGCCACCGAAGAAGGAGAAUCAUACAUCCAACGUGUCUACAACGAGCCCCAGGGGAGCAAAGAAGGGCAUUGAUUACCAGGAUGGGAAGGGUUUCCCCACUGGAGAGCUGGUGUGGGGAAAGGUGAAGGGCUUCUCCUGGUGGCCUGGACUGGUGGUGCUCUGGAAGUCCAACAAGGCACCGCCUGUAUCCAAGCGCCGGGUAGAGUGGUUCGGUGACGGAAUGUUUUCCGAGAUCUAUACAGAGAGGCUUCUGCAUUUUGCAGCUUUUGCAAAGUGCUUCUGCAAGAAUUCCUAUUCCAGCUUGCCCACCUACAAAGAUGCUAUCUACCAGGUCCUUGAGUUGGCUGGUGAACGCUGUGAGAAGUCCUUUCUUGCAGCGGGGAAUAAGCAGGAGUUGCUUAAGUUGAUGCUGGACUGGGCCUACAGUGGAUUCCUGCCCACUGGACCAGAUGGGUUCAACCCCCCACCACCUGCAAAUGCCAAAGACUCAAAGGCAGAAUCUUCAGACUCGUCUCUGGCAGACUACCAGCCCCCAGCUAAGAGGAAGUAUGUGAACAAGAACAGACCAUCCUAUGGGAAUCAAAGCUACAGCAGAGAGGCAAUGGUACAAGAGGUUAUGAAAGGCAAACAUGUUAAAGAAUUCUGUUUAUCAUGUGGAACCCCCCACAUCCACACCUUCCACCCACUGUUUGAGGGGAGUCUUUGCCUGAAGUGCAAGGAGAACUUUAUUGAGACUUUGUACAGAUACGACGAAGAUGGCUACCAGUCCUACUGCACAGUUUGUUGCGCUGGCCAAGAGGUCAUUCUGUGUGGCAAUGCCAGCUGCUGCAGGUGUUUCUGUAAGGACUGCCUGAACAUUUUGGUUGGUGAUGGAACCUUUGACAAGCUGAAGGAUGUUGACCCAUGGAGCUGCUUCAUGUGCUUACCAUCCCAGUGCAACGGAUCACUCAAGCUGCGAACUGACUGGAGCGUGCGAGUCCAAGAGUUUUUUGUCAACAACAGUGCUCUAGAGUUUGAACCCCACAGGGUGUAUCCCUCCAUUCCUGCCCAUCAACGCAGACCCAUCAGGGUGUUGUCUCUCUUUGAUGGGAUUGCCACAGGGUACCUUGUGCUCAAAGACCUGGGCUUCAUCGUAGAACGCUACAUCGCCUCUGAGAUCUGUGGGGACUCGAUUGCUGUGGGUAUGAUCAAACACGAGGGCAAGAUAGAGCACAUCAAUGACGUACGCACCAUCACCAGGAAACAUCUGGCUGAAUGGGGUCCCUUUGACCUACUGAUUGGAGGAAGCCCCUGCAACGACCUGGCCUGCGUCAACCCUGCUCGGAAAGGCUUAUUUGAGGGCACAGGCAGGCUGUUCUUUGAAUAUUACAGGAUGCUGACCAUGAUGAGGCCAAGGGAUGAUGACGACCGUCCGUUCUUCUGGCUCUUUGAAAAUGUGGUGGCCAUGCGCGGUCAUGACCUGGCCGACAUCUGUCGCUUUCUUGAGUGUAAUCCCAUCCUGAUCGAUGCAGUAAAAGUGAGCCCAGCUCACAGAGCUCGCUACUUCUGGGGAAACCUCCCUGGCAUGAACAGACCUCUAGCUACCUCUCUGGAUGACAAGGUGAACCUGCAGGAUUGUCUGGAGCCUGGACGCACGGCCAAGUAUAACAAAGUUCGUACCAUCACCACCAAGUCCAACUCUAUCAGACAGGGAAAGAUGGGAUCACUACCUGUCGACUUUAAUGGCAAGGAGGACUACCUUUGGUGCACAGAGAUGGAGAAGAUCUUCGGCUUUCCCAAGCAUUACACUGAUGUCAACAACAUGGGUCGGAGCCAGCGGCAGAAAGUACUGGGCCGAUCAUGGAGUGUACCAGUUAUCCGGCACCUCUUCGCUCCACUCAAGGACUACUUUGCCUGUGAGUAGGAACCCCACGUUCCUGUGUGUUGCACUGUCGUCAACAACAACAGCAACAUGAAAUGGCUGAUUGUUGGAGAGCGGAGGGUAAAAACAGGAUCAUUAUCCUGCCCUGCUUUUCAGUGAACGGAACUGUCCUGUGUUUCUCAGACUGACCUCACAGAAUCAUCUUAGUCUUUUUAUCACUGGCUGUAUUGACUGUUUUAUUAGGUUUUAGAUAAUGAGCAUGUCUCAAUGCAGUGUGGUCAUAUGAUCAUAAUAUUACCAGAAUGCACUGACACUUUUUGGUUCUUUCAGUUUGUCUGGAAUAGUUCACGUUUGUCUAUCAUUUAUUUGAUGUUUGGUUUUGUCAACUUUUGGUCAAUGAUGGUGAGAUCAGACCUCAAACCCUGCCCACUAUCUACCUCAAUACUAAUCUGUGAUCGGUCUGACAUCUGCAGAAACACAGUUUUAUUUCUAUUUAAUUUAAUGAUUUUGUAUCAUUUAUUUUAUAUUUGAAUGUUAUAAAUAGUCAGAUAAGUAAUGUUCACGUGUAAUUAUGUGAAUAAACCUAAUGUUUUUUUACUUGUUUGGAAAAAUAGAUCUUCCAAGAUAAUUAAAAAUCCAAAACUCAGAUUCAAACCAAGGCCAAAAAUGUGCCUUGAGUGUUUGUUUGUAUUUUACCUUGGCCAAUAUUCAUCAUGGUUACAGUCUGUGUGGUGCUAUUUUAUGGUUUUUAAUUAUAUUCUUGUCAAAGAGGUGGUCACAGGACACACAUUUUCACUAACUAUAGGCAGGUUUCCAUUGACACAGGUUAAUUAGACUAAAGCAAUGUUGCAAAAAAAUAAUUGCCACAUGUGUAAUGGAAACGGCAGAUGUAGGAGAAAUUUUCUAAAGAUCUAAUACAUUUUUAUACAUUCGACAGGGGUGGAUUUUUCUUUUGUCUUACGAAUAAAUUAUGAUUGCCGAAUAAUUUUGAGGGUAGGCCUACGCGGGGCAUUUGAUGUUAUCGGGUAACUUUAAAUGUCCACUCCACAUUUAAUUCUAAAUGCCUACUGCUUGCAAACUCCAUUUAUUCAACUAUAAAAAAUUAUGUUUCUUUGCAUGAUGUCCCCUUUGAAGAAACCCUUUUGGUUCCAGGUAGAACCCUUUCCACAGAGGGUUCUACCUGGAACCAAAAAGGGUUCUAUCUGGAUCCAAAAAGGGUUAUCCAAUGGGGACAGCCGCAGAACCCUUAUUUCUAAGAGUGUACAGGCUAUCGCCACUUCAUUCAUGCGCAAUUUGCUAAUUUUACCACAUUUUUAUUCGACAUUCUAGGUUUUUGUGAAAAGUGUUAUUUUAAGGGGAGACGUCAUUACGUCCAGCUGUUUUCAUCGACACAAGACAGUUGAAUGGAAAUGCAGCAUUUUUAAAUGUCGACAAAAAAACAAAAGACUGUAAAAGUUAAUGGAGGCAUAACUAUUGUCUCACUUGUUAGAACAUGCCGCUUAUAGGCUUUAAUUUAGGUGAUAUAGUCAAGCAUGUGAAUGCUAUAUGUACAUGCAUGCUUUUUCUCUUCAAAGGAAAAGUUGCUGAAACCAGUCCUUACAAGUUUGAUUUAAAUAGUAAGAUGUGUGCCUUCUCCCUGUCUUGGAGCAAUGGGGAGAAGAACGGUUGUAAUCGCAAGGGCCUACUAAACAACUGUUAAAACCUAGAUACAAUAUACAUACAACUAUUUUUCUUCUGUAAUUAUUAUUCAUUCUUAAAUAUUUUAAAGGGAGAUGGACAAAGUUCUGAGGAAAGGAGUACAUCAUCAAUCUCUUCACGUAAUUGUUUCAGUAAAACAGACAGGCAGCGUGUAAGUUUGUCUUUAAAGUGGGCACUUUUUCUGAAAGCAACUGUUUUAAACUGACCUUGUAUGUUCUUGGAGUGUUGAUGAAGGUCACAUGGAGGGCCUAGUCAUAACAUACCCACUUCAGUUUCAUGCACGUGACGUGUGUUGUUAUGACAGGUAAUCUGUGUGUUAAAUUGAAGUAGUGGCUUUAACUGCAGCGUUCUGUUCAUGUCGCUCUCAACAAGUUUGUUGAUGAUACCACAACACAACCAGCUUUCAUCAAAAACUUGAAGUUACGAUACAUUCUAAAAUGAGUACUGUUUGUCAUUAGGGGUUACUGAGAUUUUUAACUCAUCAGUUUGGAACCCUUGUUCCACCCAUACCUACCUGUUGUACUGUAUGAAGUGUGUCAGUGUGGUGACUGAUCUCAACUCAGAGGCAGAACAGAUACUGUGUUUUUCUUGCCAUUUCUAUUUUUAAUAAGCACAACCAGGUGUACACCUUCUGGACAGUGAUUUACAUAGGAUGCUGGCCUUAUGAAUAGUUUUUUAAAAUGAAACAAAAAGAACAAACAAUUGUUGUGUGUACUGUAUGUUUCUAUAAUACUUGAAUAACAAUACCUUUAAAAUGAGGUUAUUCGGGUCAUCACUAGACUCCUAUUGGUGCUAUAUUAUUGUUCAAUUGUUUUCUUCUUUUUCAUAUUUUUUUGCAUGGUAUGUUAAUAUUGAGUCAAGCUGUAUAUAACAUGUUUAGCUGUCCGCCGGCUUGUUUAGUGUAUAGUUGUCAUAGUCUCGUAACCCCAUGUAAAGCUUUUGAUCAUGUUAGAGAUGAGAAAUAAACUGGCCUAAUUCUAUUAUUUGUA